GCACAUAAAGCAUACUGACUGCAGCCAGUCUCUAUAAGAGACGGGACACACUAAGCCUAUAGAUAGUCAGUACAAAGGGAGCCAUUGGGUGCAGCUUAUUUAUCACAGCUAUACAAAAAGAAGAAGAAGCUUACUUUAUAGUCACGAGCUGCACUGUUAGGACAUGGGCCUGCAUGGAUCCAAGCCUCGAAAACAAGCACAGGUCCUGAUGCUGGGUCUGACUGGAUCUGGAAAGACCACACUGCUCUACAGGCUGAAGUACAACGAAAGUGUGCUGACCGUGCCCACUGUGGGCUUCAACGUGGAGACGCUUGAGACGGACAGGAGCAGCCCGGGCCUGACGGUGUGGGAUGUGGGGGGCCAGAGGAAGAUGAGGCCCUAUUGGAAACAUUUCUAUACUGAUACAGCCGGACUGGUGUUUGUGGUGGACAGCUGGGAUAAAAAGCAUCUGGAUGAGGCCCACAAGGAACUUCAUCGGGUCCUGAGGCAUGAGAGUCUCAAAGGAGUCCCUCUCGUGGUCCUUGCCAACAAACAGGACCUCCAGGGCGCUCAAAGCGCAGAGGCUCUUUGUGUGACACUGGACUUGAGAAGAUUGUGUGAGGGCAGGACCUGGUUCAUCCAGCCCUGCUCAGCCACCACCGGCGUGGGGCUGGAGGAGGGCUUCAGGAGGAUCGUCUAUCUGAUGAAGACUCCAUUCAAACAGACUCAAGAGGACAUUAAGGUUAAGAUGAAGUCCAAAGGGUUCAGUAUCACAGCUAUGAAAAAAGUGGUUUGUCUCUGCAGCAGAUGAUGGGGGGGGGGAAAUCUGGUUUGAGAAUCAUUCAAGUGAUUUGCAGGAGUCCUUGUUGUCUGCCUGUAUAAUUCAGCAGCAAAUGGCCUCACUGUGGCAUCUAUAGGAUCAGAGUAUAGGAGGUGAUGAGAAAAGGGAUGAUAUUAUCUCAGUUUUGUUUGUUAAUCUACCUGACAGAGAGAAGCUUUAUUCAAUGCUGAUAAAGACAAAGUGUCCUUGGACCAUGGUGAUAUCCCAUGAGGGUGCUGUGAUCUUGGGUUAAGACAGCUGGUGUGUCAAAAACUGAUAUUUGAGCUGAGCCUGAGAGAGAAACUGAACCUUUUGCAAAAUAGAGUAUUUGCAAUGAUUCAAUCUAAGAGUUGUCUCUACAUGGAAAUACAGACCAAAUAUAUAUUGGUCUGUGGGUCAAAACAAUUCGGUUCUCCAAUUGUGCAACUUUUGCUUGUUUGAUUUAUGUUUAGUUUUAUAUUUAUAUUUUUAUGAAAUAUAAAGACUUGUUGUUUUGUAUAACUAUUGGGUUUGUACAACACAAAUUGUACUUAAACAAAGGCCUAUUUGUGACAUUGAUGUAAAAUAUAGAUGUUGCUACAUCAUACAAAUUAAAGCCGACAAAACUGUAAAAUCUGUCAACUCAAGGCGUGUUUUCAAUGUGUGUUUAUUAUCAUGCUUACAAUAUGUCAGUGUUGUUUUGUCUAAUGUUGCAAUGAAAUAAAGAUUAAUUCAU